CCUUUCUUACUGUUUGCUAAGAGAGAGGUAGCGUAGAAGAUUUAAGAAUCAGGUCAGACAGAGAGCAGUUGUCUUCAUUUCGCUUCUUUUGCUCUGAUGGGAGAGUAUUUCUUGCCAAGAAUCGCUCGUAUUUUUCUGGUUCAAUCUGCUACUGAAAUCGAAGAUUGACCCAAGAACUAUUGCUGGUUAUUUGGUGUUUUCUUGUGAAUUUCUGUUCUGAUUACCGGUGAUAUUUCGUCUGUGAAAUGCCUUUUUUGUGUAUAAAUUAAAGGAUCUGGAUUCUGGGUUUUUAGGUUUUGACCCUUUUCGAAUGUUUCUGUGCGGGACUCGCCUCGGUAUUUCUGGUCUUUGUCUUGACUUUUAUGUAGAGAAUAGAAUGUCAAUUAGCAGUUCAUUUUCUGACAUUCGAUGAACUAUUUGUGUCCGAUGGCUUAUUUGAAUUCGUAAGAGCUGGGGUUUUGAAUUUCUAAUCGAAUUGUCCUGUAAGGUAUUUUUGAAAUGGGGUUUCUCUGAUCUGUUUCAAGAUCCUUUCUGAUUGCCUUUUGGGGGUCUAGGGUUCGAAGCUGAACGAUUCUUUUCCCAAAUCUUUUUAAGUUUGAUGGGCUAGACCCCCACCCCCCAUUGCUGUUAUUUCUGAUCCAAGAUUUUGAUUCUUAAUCUCUCUGGGUUUCCUUUUGAAAACCAGCUUAAAUGCAUCUUUCACCAUGGAAAAUUCUGUCACAUUGCGCUGCUGCUCUAUUAAUGGACAAGAAGAGCCGAAGAAGAGAUGGGUCUGCCACUGGACAUGAGUCCAAGAAAAACUUAUCAAUUCUUCGAAAACUGCAAGAGGACAAGCUUAGGGAAGCUCUUGAAGAAGCAUCUGAAAAUGGGUCUCUCUUCAAAUCGCAAGAUGUUGACGAAUCCGACUCAAUCGGCGACCAGGACGGCGGCGGCGGCGGCUUGGGCAAGUCCCGUUCGCUCGCCAGACUCCACGCACAGCGAGAAUUUCUACGCGCCACUGCACUCGCCGCCGAGCGCACUUUCGAGUCUGAAGACGACAUUCCUGACCUCCAUGAAUCUUUCUCCAAGUUCCUUAUGAUGUAUCCGAAUUUCCAGUCCUCGGAGAAGAUUGAUCAGCUGAGGUACAACGAGUACUCGCAUCUUUCUUCAAAGGUAUGCCUCGAUUACUGUGGCUUCGGACUUUUUUCUUAUGUUCAAACACUGCACUAUUGGGAGUCCUCCACAUUUAGCUUGUCUGAGAUUACAGCAAAUUUGAGUAACCAUGCUCUUUACGGAUGUGCUGAAAAAGGGACGGUUGAACAUGAUAUUAAGGUCAAGAUCAUGGACUAUUUGAACAUUCCUGAGCAUGAAUAUGGGCUUGUGUUUACUGUGAGUAGAGGGUCAGCUUUUAAAUUGCUUGCUGAUUCAUAUCCUUUUCAUACGAACAAGAAAUUGUUGACCAUGUUUGAUUAUGAGAGCGAAUCUGUGAAUUGGAUGGCUCAGUGUGCUAGAGAGAAAGGUGCAAAAGUUUAUAGCGCCUGGUUCAAAUGGCCAUCCCUGAAACUCUGCUCCACUGAUUUGAGAAAACAAAUUUCAAAUAAGAGGAGUAAGAAGGACUCUGCUACUGGUCUUUUCGUGUUUCCGGUUCAAUCUAGAGUGACGGGGGCGAAGUACUCGUAUCAAUGGAUGGCUCUAGCACAACAGAACAACUGGCAUGUUCUGCUUGAUGCUGGAUCUUUGGGUCCGAAAGACAUGGAUUCGCUUGGACUGUCCCUUUUCCGGCCAGAUUUUAUUGUUACAUCGUUCUACAGAGUUUUCGGGUUUGAUCCUACUGGUUUCGGAUGUCUACUAAUCAAGAAAUCCGUAAUGGCAAGUUUACAGAAUCGUUCUGGGAGUACAGGGUCAGGAAUUGUGAAGAUAACUCCUGAAUAUCCUAUGUACCUGAGUGAUUCAAUUGAUGGUAUUGAUGGAUUUGCUGGGAUUGAAGAUGAUGGAGUCUCUGAGAAUGUCGAUAAAGCCUCUGAAUCACGGCAAAGAUCUCAGUUGCCUGCUUUCUCGGGCGCAUUUACAUCUUCUCAGGUUAGAGAUGUAUUCGAAACUGAGAUGGAUCAUGAAAGUUCUGAAAGAGAUGGUACGAGCACUAUAUUUGAGGAAACAGAGAGUUUCUCUGUCGGAGAGGUGAUGAAGAGCCCGAUAUUCAGUGAAGACGAGUCAUCUGAUAACUCGUUGUGGAUAGAUUUAGGUCACAGUCCACUUGGGUCUGAUAAUGCUGGCUUCAACAAACACGAAAUCGCCUCCCCAUUGCCCCCAUAUUGGUUUGCAUAUCGAAAGAAUAGGAGACAAUCACCCAAACCAACUUCAAAAAUUUACAGCAGCCCGCUUUAUAAUGACAAAGAAGUAAAUUCAAGGCCAGCUGAUGAAAUAAAUAUUCUGUCAUUUGAUGCUGCUGUCAUGUCAGUUUCUCAAGAGCUCGAUUCAGUAACGAGCCCUGCCUCACAGAGCGGUAAAAAGAGUUCAGAACGUACAGACGUGUUGGAGGUAGAUGAAACUAGCAAAUCACUUUCGAAUGGUAUGUCAAGUUGUGAUGUCAGAUCUCGUCUUGGCAAUUCAAAUUCUAGCUCACACCAUCAUAACCUAGAGAAUGGUCUGACUUCUGAGAUCUGCCCAGAGAUUAAGGAGAGUGCGAUAAGACGGGAAACCGAAGGUGAAUUUAGGUUGUUGGGACGCCGAGGGGAUAGAUUAUCUGAAGUGCAGAACAGGGGAAGAAGAGUCUCUUUUGGCAUUGAAGAAAAUGGUAAAGAGCACCAGAGCUGUAAUAUGGAGCCAGGUGAAACCUCUGUUACUAGCUUCGAUGACGAUGAAGGUACCAGUGAUGGCGAAUAUGGCGAUGGGCAAGAGUGGGCCAGGAGAGAACCCGAGAUAGUAUGCCGUCAUAUUGAUCAUAUCGACUUGUUGGGUCUCAAUAAGACCACUCUCAGACUAAGAUUUCUGAUCAAUUGGCUUGUCACGUCGCUGCUACAACUUCGGCUACCUGAUUCAGAUGGAAGUAGCAGAGCAAAUCUUGUUCAAAUCUAUGGUCCGAAAAUAAAAUACGAAAGGGGUGCUGCCGUGGCAUUCAACGUGAGAGACAAAGUUAGGGGGCUAAUCAACCCAGAAAUUGUACAGAAGCUGGCUGAAAAAGAAGGUAUAUCUCUAGGAAUCGGUUUCCUUAGUCACAUACGCGUAGUCGACAAUCCAAGGCACAAAAAAACCAGUUUGAACCUAGAAGAUACUACCCUCUGCAGACCAAUGGCAAAUGGCAAGCUUGGUGAAAAGGGCGGGUUCGUGUGUGUCGAAGUCGUGACAGCUUCUCUGGGAUUUUUGACCAAUUUCGAAGAUGUCUACAGAUUAUGGGCUUUUGUUGCUAAGUUUCUUAAUCCAACCUUUAUCAAAGAGGGUACUCUUCCAACUGUUCAAGAAGAAUCAGAGGUAUAAUAACCAAAGAAGCAGAGCCAUUGACGGCAUAGGUACAGCUUCAAGAUUAUGUCAUUUGGACAAGAAGGGAGAAAUACACGAAAAUGGAGGAUGGUGCAUUAUCUUCCCACGCUUCUCUGAUGCGUCGAAUCGAACUUCACUUGCGGCUCUCAAGAACAUGCUGAUGAAUUUGUUUAUUCAUACUUAUUUUUAACUGGGUUUGUUCUGGUUUCGAGUUUAUUGCAAGAUUGGGCUCUGGAAAAAAUAGUUUGCUCUCGAGCGAGCAGCCAUGGCAGCUUGAUCUUGCUGGUACAUAGCUCCAUAGAGGCUCAAAUUCUUGAUUCUGUGUAAAAGAAGUGUAGCUUAGAAUUAUGGCUGCUGUAUUAAGCUUAUUAUUCUCAGCAACAUUUCCCAUUUUC